AUGCCACUCCAGCUACCUGGCUAUUACUGGGACGAAGGGAAGAAUCGUUACUUUCCUCUCUCGAAGGCUGGGCCGGCCGGACGCUCGUCCAUACAGUCCGACGUCCGUGGAGAGCGCCCUGGUCGGACAGCCUAUAAUACGGGCGUCUCUGAGGGUUCUCCCCACAAACGAAGACGCAUAGAAAUGACUCUCCCGGAAGGCAUAUGGCGCGCGAGAGAGAGCUCGCGCUUGUCGUAUACGAGCACCCGCAGGAGGAGAUGCAUCCAUGACAUCGUUGCUUCAACUAUUGCCUUGACCUCCCGACAGCAUUGUCAUUCUAUCACGAAUGCAGUGUUAACCGCUUUUCACACCGGCCCCACUUCUCAUGCCUACGACGAGCCAUAUUCCUUCCUAAUUGGUGAUACAUCUGGGUGGCUACAUUCACUGAGUGGCACAGGAGAGAAUCUAAUACAUGCACGAGAGCUGAACAUCGCAUCUUCGAUGACCCUCAACUUCAAAGCAGAUAUCUUCUAUCUGUUCAUGGCGCUCUUGGCAUGUGUGGAGCCACCUCGCUUGAAUCGCCAUGCAAAAUUGUCGUUCGCAAUACUGAGCCCACAGAGUGCGUUGCAAGCUCCCUCUCUCAUUAUGGCGUCCCACUUACCUGGGCCCCAGAUCAUGGACAAUUCUCAAUCUGGACAGGCCUUGCACUGGGUAAAUCCUGUUUCGCAGCUAGCCUCUAGGGGAUAUGUCGCUUACAUCGUCAAAGGUGCCGCAAAGUGUGGUGUUUUCCUGCCAGACAUCGACACCGGGCGAGGAUUCCAAGUCCUGGAGACUGGCAGUGAUGUCUUGGCAGUGCACCUCAAGAACCAUCUUGUCUAUACGGGCGCUCGGAACGGCAGGGUGGACCGGUUCGACACACGCCUGCACACAUCCAACCGGCAGGGCCUGUUAGAAGACCGCUUCCAACGCACCACGAGCGCUAUCACGCACCUCAGCAUCGUGCGCGAACGCGAGCUCCUGCUGAGCACGAUACGCGGAGAUCUGGAGAUGCAUGACCUCCGCUUCCUGCGGAAGGCGCCUCUCAUGGAGUUCUCUGGGCAUGUAAACGCCGGCUUGACCAAAUUGGGCAUCGCGGUGGACCCCUCUGAAGAUUUCUUGUUCGCCGCAGGACAGGACAGUCGUAUCCGCGUGUGGUCGUUGCGCAGUGGCCGCCAGCUGACGGCAGCACAAGAGGACGCGCCUGACCCCCGCUCCGGCGUGGGAGACGUCUCCUUACCGUCCCACGGGCGCAGCGCGCCUGUCUGCGCGAUGCAGGUGACGGAGAGCGAGAGGGGGAUGUGCUUGUGGGCUGCUUCGGGCGGCAAGAUGUAUCAGUAUUCUCUAGGCCAGAGAGGCGACUUGCUAGCGCCUAUAUGGUAA